CCUCUUCUACGCGUACCAGCAUAUUUACCUCUCUCAAUCAGUGUUCAUCAUUAUAAUCUCUUCCGCCAUGACCAUUACUGUGCUCGUCGCCACUGGCUUCCUCUCAGUCUUUGCUUCAAACGAGCUGUUAUCAACAAUGCCGUUCAGGUCCUGUCCAAUUCCGUUGGCCUCGCUGUAUCAUACUCUAUCUGCUUGUCGACAAUUACACUGGUUCUCACCACCGAGAAAGCUGCACAGAGGAUCCUCAGCAACGGACUCAAGCAUGGGCCCGCCACUUCAAAGAACGACGACCUGACUCUAACCUUCCAUCUUCCAAUGACACAAUGACACCACCACCACCACCGUUAUGCC